AUCCCAAAGAGCAACCUUUGUGCUUCAUUUCCCCUUUGAACGCAAUACUUUAUCGAAUUCCUCUAUUCAACGCCUCUCCGUCGUCGUCUUCUUCUCUCAGAUUCAUCUCUCAGUAGUUAGUACUGCGAAAUCAGAAGAAUCAUGACCACCUAUGGCACCAUCCCUACUUCGUCUUCCCCAUCCACAAAUCUCGAGUUCAUCUCACGCGCCAAGCAAAGAAUCAAAGCCGGUCUUGGAACUCGCCGCCCAUGGAAGGUCAUGUUCAAUUUCCGAUCCUUCGCCCUACCUGCCGGUUUCCCCGACGCAAUUGCGCGCUUUCGAGUCAACAUCGGUUACUUCCGUAUGAACUACGCUAUCGUCGUGCUCCUUAUUCUCUUCCUCAGCCUCCUCUGGCACCCGAUCUCCCUCAUCGUCUUCGUUGUGCUCAUAGCUCUUUGGCUGUUCCUCUAUUUCCUCCGCGACGAGCCGCUGGUCAUUGCCGGCCGUCUGAUUGAUGACCGUGUGGUCCUGAUCGUUAUGGCGGUGCUGACCGUCGUACUGCUGCUCUUGACCAACGUGACUCUCAAUAUAGUGGUGGCACUCUUGAUCGGAGCGGGAUUACUGGUGGCGCACGCGGCGUUGAGAAAGACCGAUGAUUUGUUCCUGGAUGAAGAAGAAGCUUCUGGAUUGAUGCCUAAUGUAGCUACUACUGGUGCUUCUUCUUGAUUCUUCUGUUUAGUUUUUACUCUCUUCAUUCCAUUGUUAGUUGGUAAUUUCAAGUUUGAAACUGCAGAAUUGGAUUUCCUUGUGAAUUCUGAUUUCUAUUUUUGGAAUGGGAUUAUGUGUAGAAAUUGUUAUGGGGUUGGGCAGUAUGGGUGAAUACUGAAUAAUGUGUUUCUUGCUGAGUAAUUUUAUUUUGCCCCCUCGUU